ACAGCUGCAGCUCGCGGCAUGUUUGACUCAGAGAGCGAGCGAGAGAGAGAGAGAGAGAGCGGGGAGUGGGAGUGUGUGUGUGUGUAUGUGUGUCUGACUGGCCAGCAUCGAUUUUAAUUAGUCAGUUGACUGGAACAAGCUUUCGGCAAACUCACACAGUCGUCCGGGUGACAGCUCCCCUCGAUAGCGAAGGAGAGAAUGAAAAUAGUGGAUUUUCUCUCUGCUUGUCCAGCGCCGCAGAAGGGAAGUCAAACUAAAAGAUUUUGACAUGAAGAAGGACAUAGAGACAUUGAUUGCAGAGGAAAGAGCUGACAUCAUCUCCAAAUAUGACAAGGGCAGGCAGGAGGGCGUCAGCAUUGACCCCUGGGAGGAUGCUGACUACAGCAUCUAUAAGGUCACUGACCGCUUUGGCUUCCUGCAUGAGGAAGAGCUGCCAACACCCAGUGCUCUUGAAGAAAAGCAAAAGCAGCAGGAGAUAGAGCGAGUGGAGAAAUGGCUGAAGAUGGUGAAAAAGUGGGACAAGUAUAGGAACAGUGACAAGAUGGUGAAACGUGUCUACAAGGGCAUCCCUCUCCAGCUAAGAGGACAGGCCUGGGCUCUGCUCCUCGAUAUAGAGAAGGUCAAACAAGACAAUGUGGGCAAAUAUGAGAAAAUGAAGCAGCAGGCCCGUAGCUUCUCCACAGAGAUCAAGCAGAUAGACUUAGAUGUCAACAGGACCUUCAGGAACAACAUCAUGUUCAGGGACCGCUUUGGAGUCAAGCAGCAGGCACUGUUUCAUGUACUAGCAGCCUACUCUGUCUACAACACGGAGGUGAGCUACUGCCAGGGAAUGAGUCAGAUCGCUGCCGUCCUGCUCAUGUACCUGAACGAGGAGGAUGCCUUCUGGGCUCUGUCCCAGCUCCUCACCAACAGCAAACAUGCUAUGCACGGGUUCUUCAUCCCAGGGUUUCCCAAGCUGCAGCGUUUCCAGGCCCACCAUGAGCAGAUCCUCUCCAAAAUGCUGCCGAAGCUGAAGAAGCAUCUGGACAAGGAGCAGAUGACAACGGGGAUUUAUACAACCAAAUGGUUUCUGCAGUGCUUCAUUGACAGAACCCCUUUCACCCUCACUCUGCGUUUAUGGGACAUCUACAUUUUGGAGGGAGAGAAGAUGCUGACUGCCAUGGCUUACACAACCCUGAAAUUACACAAGAAGCGUCUGCUGAAGCUUCAAAUGGAGGACCUGAGGGAGUUUCUUCAGGAGCAUCUGGCUACCUCUUUCAUCCUGGCUGAUGAUGUGGUGGUGGAGCAGCUACAGGCUGCUAUGGCUGAGCUUCGCAGUAAGAAGCUGGACAUGCCUCCUCCAGCCAAGUCGGAUGAGCUGCCAAAGAAACCUCUCGGUCAAGAGAGACCAGUUCUUCUACUGCCCCUGCAGCCUUACUCUCCUCUAGAGGCCAAAAUAAAUCUACAACCCCACAGCCAGACCCAUGACGGGACCCACCAGUCAGACAGCAUCACCCUAGAUCAGACCCCUUCACCUUCAGACACCCAGGACUCCAGAAGCCUCUCUGGGCCACACACAUCUUUGCCUUCCCCAGAUCCAGUUGUAGUACAUACAGAAGCACCACCGUCUCCGGAUGGGCGCUGCAGAGUGCCUCCAAUGCCACCAAAAGCGGAGGACAAGCCUCGUUCUGUGGCAGGGGUGGUCAGUAACGUGAAGGAGAUGUUCCCAGACGUUAGCCAAGCUGAGAACAGGAUAAAAGAUGCAGCCCAGCCUGAAGACCCAGAGACGCAAGAGGAGCCUUUAGAUUGGCCUCCACCCUACGAGCCACCUUCUGCGGAUAGUAUGCAGCCUGAGGAGGAGAUUCCAAAUCUUCCAGAUCUACCCCCUCCGCCAUUCUGCUACCCUGAGCAAAGCGACCAAACACCUCCGCCCUCCCUUGGGGAUGAUGGGAGUGGGCCAGAGACGCAGCAGUAUUCUCUAGCCCCCUGCUCUGCUCCUUCACUGGGGUUAAAGUGCCCUACUCAGGUGAAGCUAUCUCCAAAAGGCCGUCCAAAACCGCCCUCAUCCCUUGACCUCAAGCCAAAAGAACCUCCUUCCUCGCUGCCCACUCUUGCUCGUGUUUACAAUUCCUCUUGCUCUUCUUCCAGAGUUCCUCCCCCCAAGCCAACCAAGUUCCCAGUCUCUCUUUCUGUCCCAGUGCCUGCAGGGAACAGACGGCCCUCCAACACCUCCCAGUAUGAUAACCUCUCUGAGGCCGAUGAGGACGACCGCUUCCUGGACAGGCUGCUGGAUGUGGCAGCUACCCUUCCUCACAGCCCCGGUCUGGGCUCCACACCCGAGGAAGUUUCUGACAUGUAUGGUAGCCCUCCACCACCCGUCGUGGACAGGGACUAUGACCCUGCACUGCACCCCCUCCCUCCACCCCCUGUAUUUAUCCCUCCAAGCCCUUCUUCUCUUCCUCCCUCACUUUGUGCUCUCCCCAGUUUGCCUCAGGAGCCAGAAUAUGAAGGAGAGGACAGCUGGGUGGAGGACUCCAUCAUCCCCCCUCCUCCACCUUGUUUUGCUGACAGACUGGUUCCCUUCCAAUACAGCCCCCCCAAUCACUCAGACACAAACAGAGCCACCUCAUCCAGCUACUCUCAGCCUUUCUCUAGGGGCCCCAGGGACCACUCUGCCUUCCCAGCCCCACUGUUAUACACUGGGUCUCCACCGGGACACUCCACACCCUCAGGACAGUCAGCAGUAGGGGUGCCCGUGGUCCGAUCCAGCCCAGACUUUUAUAGGAUGCACCCAGGAGGACAGCAGCUGCCAAAAUCUGUGACCUUUUGAAGUUUCCAGAAAAUAUAGCUAGGAAACACUCUGUUAGAAUAUCCAGCUUUUCUAUUACACUUCAUCACUGUACAGAGCCAGUUGAGAGAAGAGAGGCUUUCACCAUGGCCAGUAGAUACUCAGUCUGUCAAAGUUUUUUUUGUGUGAAAGGACUUUUUCCAUUGACAUGUACAUAUUUUUGUGACGCUUGCACGUUUUGUUUUUUUUUACUAUGUGCAGUCAACUUUUGUAAGUGGUUAACUUAGAGUAUUUAAAACUGCUGUCUCUGUUACUGUCCGCUGCACAAAUAGCAAGUGUAUUGCUUAUCUACUACAUUUUGUUUUCAAGGUAACAGAUUCAUACCUUCAUACGAUGAAGUGAGGCAGUCUAAUACCAGCCGAGCAUUUCACCAUUGCUUCAUCUCGAACAUCUGUUUCUUUCCUCUGUUACAACAAAAUGUCUUAACCUGAUCGUAGCACACUGAGGGUGGUCACUCUAACUCAAGGGUUUUUGAGGUUGUCUAAUAAGCUAGUUCUUGCUAAAGCACCCAAAGCCCAUGCAUUUAUACCAAUACUGCAUUUAUGGUUAACUGUGAGCAGGCUCACACCUCUUAACACAACAGUAUGUGGAACCAUCACGGGUAACUGUUUAUGCAACACAGUUUCUUUACUGUAUCUUGAAGCUAAUACUUGAUAACAUAGGACCACUGCUAGAAAAUGGGAUCUGUAUGCUUGAAGCCAAAGCAGUUUGCAUAAAGAUUUUUUUAAUGAGUUUGUUAGAAUCACCAGCAGGGAAACUUUUAUCUCUCUUUGAUGAAGUCAUGGUGCAAUAAGUCACUGGUGGAAAUACUGCAGCUUGUCUGGUAGACAUGGAGCGCAGUCCAGUCAUUUGUGCUCCAAGCAAGCAGCAGUGGGUACUUUGCAGGAACUCUGCUGCUUCUGCUGUUUUUUAAAUUCUUUUAAUACCCUUUGAAUUUCCAAGCAGUGAUAUUGGUAUUAUAUCCACUGUUUUGACAUUUUUGUGAUUUCACAGCAAUAAUGUACUGUAUAUAUUUCAUAAGGAUCUAUGUACAUGCUUGUAUAAAGGGCUGAGCAAGGUGGAAAUGCAAGGCUAAUAGGAGAACUUGAGUGCAAAAAUCCCAGCAGGUCCAUUACACUUUGUCAGAAACGUGAAAUGUUGCUCCAUCUAGUGGUCAAAACUGGCACAUGCUAACAGUAUUUACAGUGUUGCUUUAACUCUAAAGUGGAGGUGGAAGUCGGUCUUUGCUAAAGUUCUCAAGAGCAUUUUAGCGCUCAUGUCCAGUGAUCAAAUAUUUGUGUCAGAACAGGCUCUGAACAUGACCCUGAUGCAAGGCUGCCUGUUCUUAUAUUGUGCACAUUUUCAGUGCCAGUUCUACACCUACACUGCUGGAGUUAGCCACUUAGAAAAUAAGACAACUGGCAUGUGACACUGUGCUUACAGGGCUUUGCUUUAACAAGCCUGUGUACUGUUGCAGGCAGGGGAGAGAAGUGAAUGAAUCAAACUAAAUUGGAUCCAUAUGUACAGCCACAUAUCUAGGAAGCCAUGAUUGCAGUGAAGUUUUUGUUGGUCUGUUACGAAAGUUCAAAAGAGAAAUGGAAAUGGUUGAGCCAUAGUGUACAUACAAAUACAAGGACCUGUAGUCAGAAAUGUGUGUAUGUGAUGCUGUUACAUUCAUUCAUAUAGUACAAAAUAUAGUGUGUAUAAACAUUUUGUGUAUAAACAGUUUUGUUGUUUUUGCACUCACUCGAACCGUUACCAAGAGGUUUUGCCAUUCUGUUGCUUUUCUAAUGGAGCUGAAGGCCACUGCCGGGGACAGAAAAACAAACUAAAGUUUCCAUUUUGGUAGUGAUGGUAAUGUUAGUUGUAUUGUGGUUUGCUCAUUAACUUUGGUCUCACUGCUGCAUAGAAUUAAUUUCUAUCCAGAUAAGAGUCUUGUGACCGAUUCACACAUCAGUGCUCCUGUUAUACUAACUGUCAUGCAUGCGCUGUCUGCUGUGGAGAUCUGUGUGGCUGGGGUUCAGACCAAAGCUUAUAAGAAUGUAUGCAACUAUUUACUUGAGUUUUAUACAUAUAAAAAAAAGAUAAACCUCUAAACUGUCUUAUUAUUUCAUC